AUUUAAAUCUCACUGAGCAAUCAUGUGGUAUUAACUUUCCUCAGCUCUUUGGUUCUUCUCCAUCAUAUUCUAACUUUACUUUGAUUUUAAGUCCUUAAGAAUACUAAAGGAAAUGGAAUUUGCUUUAGAAGUAGUAACGACAGUGCUUGAGUACUUUGGCUGGGACAGACACGAAAUCGAAGAGCUAUUCAAUCAAGAUCGAAGAUUAAGGAACCGAAGAAGAAGUAUCGUUCGACGAAUCGUCCGAGAGUUGUCACAUUAUAAUCUCAAAUUGUUUACGAAACGUAGCAUUGUUCGUGAGAUUGGAAGUCGACUGCCUUUGAAACCGUGUAGAAGACCGUAUUUCGAGCUAAGUCUAAACAGAAAUAAGCAAGAACUUUGUUCGGAGAUUGAAGGAAAUUCAUUAUCUCUAAUGAUGAUGGCAUCCUUAGCUGAUGUUGCCUGGAUAACAGACAGUGACAGUUCAUCAUCUGAAGCUGACCUUCCUGAUGAUGAUGAUGAUGAUGACGAGGGGGAGGAAGUAUUUCUCAGAGAACUUGAAAGCCCAUUCAGGGAACCGGAGCUAGAAGUAGUCCAGGACGAACCAGAAAAUGAUGAAAAAGACAACGCUCCAAAUAAGGAGGCCAUGCAAAAAAUUUCUGCUUUGGAGGAUGAACUUCAGAGGUUGAGAGCUCAGAUAGCGAUGAUGCUGGUUUCUGCUCCACAAAAUCAAGGGGCUCCAUCCACACCAAUGGGGGCAACUGCACCCCCUCCCCCUCCACCACCACCUCCACCCCCACCAACACCCAUGACGACCCCCCUGAAACCAGUUUCACAGAUCAUAAGAGAGAACAGGGCUAAAAGAUUAUCCCUUGCUCCAGGAAUGGGACCAGCUGAACAGUCAAGUGCAUGCACUUUGCCAAACAUGGCAGAUGUACUCAAGGGAUUAGGAAAAGUCAAACUCAGAACAGUCGAGAGGUCCCCUGGUGGUACUCCCCUAAGGAAGCCUCCUGCUCCUACAGAAGGAAAUGAUCCUGCCUCAAUCAUUGCACAAGCUCUCAAGAAAAAGUUUGCACACAGAAGAAGACUUGAAGCAAACUCUCCAGACACCAACAAAGAAAAUAACAGCCCUGGAUCGCCAUUUGGUACCCCACCCUCAAGCCCUAACAAAUCUGUUCCUUUUGGACCCCACAUGUUGAAAGCAACCAAUAAGAAACGGCGAUCAAGUACUGGAUUAACAAGAACCACAAAACCAAGUCCAUUGGUUAAAGUUUGCUGAUAGACAAAUUUUCUUAUAAUAACUUUUAACCAACAGUUAGACAUUCCAUCAACAAGUAUUCUUUAAAAUAGUUUUACUUUGAUUGUAGUCCCUAAUAAUCCAAACAAUGCAAAGAUUCUGUUUAUAGGUGUAUCCUGACUGAGUUGUUUUCACUUUUAAUUUGAUUUUUAUAUUUUCACAAAAUUUCUCAGUUACCAACAGGAGUGCUGCUUAGAGCCUGUUUUUUUAAAUGGAACAUAUCAGGUUUCAUUAUGAUGUAGCCUACUAGUAAUACCUGGACUGUAUAAAUUAUGUUCUUUAAGUGUUUGAAAAAACUUCAGCGAGCAUCUAAAUUUCAUGGUUUUACUGUUGGAAAAAGAUCUUAAAUUAAACUUAAUAGGUAUUGAAUACACAAAUGUCCAAGGUCCUGUUCAAUUACUGUAAAUAGUGUACAGUAAUUCUUAGAAGGAAUGUAUAUUACAAAGUGUAACAGAUGCCUUGUCUACAAUCAUGUUACAUGUCACAUAGUUUUCUGACAUUUUGUAAAUGCCUACUAAAUUCCCUUGCCUCAAGAGGAGGAAGUUGACUGAGAAUUCUCUGAUUGCCUGAUAAUCAAGCUAAAGUAAUUAUUGCAUUAAAUUAGCUGUUAAAUUCUUAAA